CCCAACAGAAGCGGCGGAACAUCCGGAGGAUCUUAUUUCGUCUAUCUUCAGUUACUAAUACAGUCAUUUUUCACUGGUCUAGCAUCAGAUAUGGCCCGUGGGCACCAGAAGAUCCAGUCCCAGCAGAAGAAUGCCAAAAAGCAGGCAGACAUUAAGAAGGCAAAAGGCCAUGACCAGAAGGCAGCGGCUAAGGCUGCUUUAGUAUAUACAUGCGCUGUGUGUCGGACACAAAUGCCCGACCCCAAGACCUUCAAGCAACACUUUGAAAGCAAACAUCCAAAGUCUCCGAUGCCUCCAGAGUUGGUUGAUGUGGAGGCUUAACCGCUUCACCUCUUUUUCACUAAGACAGUUGGGGCUGAUUCAGGACAGGUUUCUACAUUUUGCAAUGUUUCAGAUAAGUACAACUUCAACUAUGCCUCAUGCUGCUUAAUUUAGAUAUAGAUGAUAUGGGUGACUUAAGCAGGGAUGGUACUUACCCACCUGCCCAUGGUGGGGUUUUUUUCCCAGAUUAAAUUUGUGCAAAGUUUCCUCGCUUGCUACAGUUUGAUCCGGGGUCAGUACUGAUGUUACACACACACACACACACACAGCCGCCAGCUACCUUUUUCUUGGCAUGUGCCAAAAAUGCAAUACUCCUCUUAUCUGGUCAUUUCAAAAUGUUCAUGCUCACAACACCAGCUUUGUCCACGGGCUGUACCGCCAUUACACCAUCUCAGGGCUCCCACUGUUUCCACUUUUCAAUUUAGACGUAGAAAACUUGAAUUGGCACAACCUCAGCUGAACAAAGUCGCAAUACUGAAAUGAUGUUCAUAAGUCAUCUCUAUCCAAAUCCAGCGUACUGUGAAAACCACUAGGGAUUUUUUUUAAAUGACGCAUCAGGAUCGGAGUCAUAAAUAAAGUUAAUUCAGACUGACUUUUUAAAUUCAUAAUGAGCUUGAAAAGACUUAUUCAGAACCACUAAUAAUAUUUUCUAUUGAAUUAAUUUAAAUUAAUUUCCACUCUGCACUGAUUUUCAGUUUUCCUCAUCUAAUGUCUAAAUUGAUAAGUGUGUAAUUUUUGUUAAUAUGAAGAGUAUAUGAAACACAGUGUGUUACACAGAUACUGAAACUGUGCGUUACAUUCUCUCCAAACUUUCCUGUGUACUGUAGAGGUGUAAAAGUUGACCAGAGAGGGCACUGCAAGUCCACUCAUAGCGAACCCUCUCCUGACACAAUAUCUUUGAGCAGUGUGAUAACAAUUAAAACAUUCAUGUAAUCUUGGAUCCUGUUAAGAGUGCUCUGUUCAGUGAAUUAGGAUGGAGAUAAAAGUUUGCACUAAUGCUCUACCCCUCCCCCAGUUUGUUGUAAUGAGUAAGCGCACCGCUGUAAUAUUUGGUAAUGAUUUUGUUUGUCACUGUUGUAUUCUCAACUGUUUUAACUGUUCAAAAAAACCUGUCUCAUUGUCAUCUGGACAACAAAAUGAUCCCAGUUACAGUCCAGCACUCUUUACUAUUAUCCCGUCAUGAUGGUGCAAAAGUACUUUGAUUCUUACCUGCAUUAAAAGUCUGAUCUACA